AUUUCAGAUAUGUACACAGCAUAUGUUGAUCUUCUCUUUAUUUCUACAAAUGGUGUACAGUACAGAGACUGGUGCACCGACUAUUGUAAUGACUAAAUGUGCUAAAUGUUUUAAACAUAUUUUUACUAAUGACUUUAGUUAGCGAAUAUCCUCGCAUGCUCAUGGAGAAUAAACACUGCGGUGUGACCAUGGUAGACAUUAACCGUGCAAAGGCAUGGACACAGACGGCCCAGAUGAAUUGCUCUCAGAGUUCAGAGAAAAUCGUUUGGGUGUUUGGGGUAUCCUCCAGGUCACUGCGGGAACCGGAUUAGUUGUUUAUGGCAUGUGGGCAGGGAUCCUCAUGCCAGGGUUCCGCAAAGUUCCUUUAAAACUGCAGGUGCCUUACUUGCCGGCUAGCAGGGCUCAAGUGAGGAAUGUCAUGACAUUGCUCCAUGGAAGAUCUGGAGGUGUGGCUGAUCUAGGCUCUGGAGAUGGAAGGAUUGUGCUGGAAGCCUAUAAAACAGGGUUUUCUCCUGCUAUUGGCUAUGAGUUGAAUCCUUGGCUUGUGCGGCUGGCUAACUUUCAUGCAUGGAGAGCAGGGUACUCUGGGAAGGUAUUCUAUCGCCGUGAGGAUUUAUGGAAGGUUGAUCUCUCAGAAUGUAAGAAUGUCACAGUCUUUCUGGCUCCAAGUGUGCUCUCUCUUCUGGAGGAAAAAUUACUGGCAGAACUUCCUGAUGAUGCCUUGGUUGUUGCUGGCCGCUUCCCUUUCCGUGAUUGGACACCAUUUCGAGUGGAAGGAGAGGGUGUUGACCGGGCCUGGUCCUAUAAUAUGCAAGCCUUAAGACAACACAUAUCUAGAGUGGACAAAAACUCUUUAGAGUCCUGAAACAGAAGAUUAAUCUAGUGUCAGUUUCUGGAUAUAUAUUAACUUGUCAUGGAGCAGUGUAACGACAGAUUGCUAACAUCCAGCAGUAAUGGAAUGUGGUAGGUCACAGAGCAUGAAGCAGUUUGUUUGAAGUUUUCGGUCAGAAUUUGUGCAAGCAAACACUCCAGUUGUGACACUCCACUAGUUCUCUUUUCCUCUGAGAUGAAUUCUCAUUUAAGGGAGAGAGAAGAAUAUCGGCACUGAAAUAGGUCCACA